UCGCGUGCGCGGCUCGCUGAAGGUUACGAGUCGCUCCUAGCGGAGUAUGCGCUCAUUCGCUGCGGCUUUUCCCCUUUGCUUUCUUUCCUUGUCUGUUUUUCCAGUUAAAAAGUAGAAAUCAGUUCCACGUUGCCAUCAUGUUGAAAGUUGUGGUAGAAUCGGCAAGCAACCUUCCUAAAACUAAACUCGGAAAACCCGAUCCUGUCGCUUCCAUCAUUUUCAAGGAUGAAAAGAAGAAAACGAAGCACAUCGACAGCGAACUGAAUCCUGUCUGGAAUGAGCUCCUUGAAUUUGAUCUGAAGGGAAAAUCACUUGAUUCAUCUGCCGCUAUUGAAGUCGUGGUGAAGGAUUUUGAAACAAUUGGAAAAGACAAGCUUAUUGGUUCAGCAACAGUUUCUCUGAAGGAUCUGGCAAGUGGUCAGGUCAAGUCCCUUCCAGCUAAAAACUUACCUCUCUUAAAUGAAAAGGGCCAACCCUCUGGGGGAACUGUAAGUAUAGUGAUUGGAUAUGAAGCACCAGCAUCAGCUAACCCGACUGAUUCUCCAGAUGCUGGUACAGCUGGCACCACUGCUACUGAUGGGGAUGAAGGAGGAGGUGAUGAAGAUGAUGCUGAUGGAGGAGGAGGAGCUGGAGGUAGAGGUGGCUUGGUGGGCAUGUCUGGAGGUCAGUCAAACAACCAACUUCAAAGGAGGCUUGGCAAAGGCAAGAAAAAUCGUCGCAUCCUCUCCAACAAACCUCAGGACUUUCAGAUUCGUGUUCGUGUCAUCGAAGGAAGGCAGCUUCCAGGAAACAACAUUAAACCUGUGGUCAAGGUUAAUGUGUGCAAUCAAACCCACAGAACAAGGAUUCGGAGAGGAAACAAUCCAUUCUUUGAUGAGGUGUUUUUCUACAAUGUCAAUAUGAUGCCAUCUGACCUUUUUGAUGAAAACAUUACUUUAAGAGUUUAUGAUUCAUUUUCUCUACGAGCUGACAGCCUUAUGGGUGAAUUCAAGAUUGAUGUUGGUUAUGUUUAUGAUGAACCAGGACAUGCUGUCCUCAGAAAGUGGCUGCUGCUAAAUGAUCCAGAUGAUGCUACUUCAGGAGCAAAGGGUUACCUCAAAGUCAGCAUGUUUGUUGUUGGGACUGGAGAUGAACCACCGGUGGAGCAAAAGACUGGGGAUGAAGAUCAGGAGGAUAUUGAGAGUAAUUUGUUGCUGCCUGCUGGUGUAACAUUGAGAUGGGUCACGUUUACUUUGAAGGUCUACAGAGCUGAAGAUAUUCCUCAGAUGGAUGAUGCAUUUGUCCAAAGUGUAAAAGAACUAUUUGGAGCCGAUAGUGAUAAGAAGAAUCUUGUAGAUCCAUUUGUGGAAGUUUGCUUUGCUGGCAAAAAAAUUUGCACUAAAACAAUAGAAAAGAAUGCAAACCCAGAAUGGAAUCAAGCUGUUAAUCUACAAAUUAAGUUCCCGUCCAUGUGUGACCGUAUAAAGCUGACUGUUUAUGACUGGGAUCGUCUGACUAGGAAUGACACUGUUGGGACAGUCUACCUGAGCCUCAGUAAAAUUGCUUUUGCAGGUGGAGAAGCUGAAGACUCAUCUACGGGAUAUGGGGCUUCUACAGCAUCUGAAGCUGUUCCUGGUGAGUCUGAAAUAGGAUUCUUGCCAGCUUUUGGUCCUUGUUACAUUAACUUGUAUGGAAGUCCACGAGAGUUCACUGGAUUUCCUGAUCCCUACGAUGACCUCAAUUUUGGAAAGGGUGAAGGUGUUGCCUAUCGUGGAAGAGUUCUUGUUGAACUCACAACUCAGAUUGAUGCAAAGGCUGAAAAAAAAAUUGAUGAAAUUCCAAAUGAUGACAUUUUAGUGACAGAGAAGUACCAGCGUAGACGUAAGUACAGCUUGUGUGCCGUGUUCCACUCUGCUAACAUGUUGCAAGAAGUUGGAGAGCCGAUACAGUUUGAAGUGAGCAUAGGCAAUUAUGGUAACAAGUUUGAUAACACCUGCAAACCACUGGCCUCAACAACCCAGUACACAUGCGCUGUGUUUGAUGGUAACUUCUUCUAUUACUUGCCAUGGUCCAACUCAAAGCCAGUAGUAGUGUUAACCUCUUACUGGGAGGAUAUUGGCCACAGGAUGGAUACUGUUAACAUCAUCCUAAGUAUGGCAGAUCGACUACAAUCAAAUAUUUCCACCCUGAAAACUGCAAUGGCUGCAAAAGUGCAAGACACACGUCUGGCUGAAAUAUGGCUGAAGCUAAUUAAUCAGCUUAUUGAAGAUCUGGAUGCAAAUGUACUUCCGGAAGUGAGUGACAGACCCAACCUCACCGUCCUUGACAUUCAAAUUAAAAAAAUGCGUGAUUCUGCUCUUAGAAAUAUUAAAGAUUCAGCAAUUCAUAUGAGAGAAGAGGCCACUGAUGUAAAAGCCACUUUAAAUGACAUUGAAGAUUGGCUGGACAGACUGCAGCAGCUAGCUGAAGAGCCACAAAACAGCAUGCCUGAUGUAGUCAUCUGGAUGUUGCGUGGAGAAAAAAGGGUGGCUUAUGCAAGGAUUCCUGCUAAUCAGAUCUUGUAUUCUACAACCAGUGAACAGGCCUGUGGAAAAUAUUGUGGAAAAUCUCAGACUAUAUUCAUGAAGUACCCAAUGGAUAAAAACAAAGGACUUAAGUUGCCACUCCAGUUGCGGGUCAAUAUGUGGCUUGGAUUGUCUACACAUGAAAAGAAAUUUAACAGCUAUUCAGAAGGAACCUUUAGUGUUUUUGCAGAAAUGUAUGAGAACCAAGCCCUUGUCUUUGGCAAGUGGGGCACCACUGGGCUAAUGGGACGGUAUAAAUUUUCUGAUGUCACAGGGAAGAUCAAGUUGAAGAGAGAAAGCUUCAUGCCUCCCAAGGGCUGGGAAUGGGAAGGUGACUGGUUUGUGGACCCAGAAAGAAACUUACUAACAGAAGCUGAUGCUGGACAUACUGAAUUUACUGAUGAGGUUUACCAGAAUGAGUCCAGAUACCCAGGUGGUGAAUGGAAGCCUGCAGAUGAGCCCUACACUGAUGUGAAUGGUGAGAAGGCAUUAGCACCUGGGCAGUACGAUUGCCCUGCCGGCUGGACUUGGGAAGAUGACUGGACAUUUGACAUUAACAGAGCUGUUGAUGAAAAAGGAUGGGAAUAUGGUAUCACUAUCCCACCUGAUACCAAGCCAAAAUCAUGGGUGCCAGCUGAAAAGAUGUACCAUACCCACCGACGGAAGAGACUCAUUCGGCAACGGCGAAGGGAAAAACAGACCUCAUCUACAGAGAAAAAACCACUACUUGAUGACCCUGAGGGCUGGGAAUAUUCAUCUCUUAUUGGCUGGAAAUUUCACAGCAAAAUGCGAGGUUCAGACACAGUCCGUCGCAGACGCUGGAGAAGGAAAAUGGCUCCUUCUGACAGGCUUGGUGCAUCAGCUAUAUUCAAACUUGAAGGGGCUAUGGGUACUGACAUGUCAGAGGACUCAGAUGGAAAAGAUAAGACGAAAGAGAGUAGCACAUCAUUGUUUGGUGCCAAUACUCCAAGUAUUUCCAAUAAUUAUGACAGAUGCUAUAUGUAUCAUCUUCGAGUGUAUGUUCACCAGGCACGAAAUCUUAUGCCUUUGGAUAAGGAAAGUUUUUCUGAUCCUUAUGCUCAUGUGUCAUUCCUUCAUCAGAGCAAAACUACAGAGAUAAUUAAUUCUACAUUAAACCCACAAUGGGACCAGACCCUAAUUUUUGACAAUAUUGAAAUCUACGGAGAACCACAGACCAUUGCUCAAAACCCGCCAAAUGUUGUCUUUGAGCUAUUUGAUUCUGAUCAAGUGGGGAAAGAUGAGCCUUUGGGUCGAAGUAUGUGCUCACCUCUAGUAAAACUCAAUCCUGAAACUGAUGUGACACCGAAGUUGCUCUGGUACCCUGUAAUUCGAGCAGAAAAGAAGCAUGGAGAAAUUCUGGCGGCAGCAGAGCUCAUCUUAAAAGAUAAGCCAGAUGGAUCCAAUCUUCCAAUUAUUCCACCAAAACGAGGAGCAAAACUCUACAUGGUCCCUCAAGGAAUCAAGCCAGUUGUUCAGCUUACAGCAAUAGAGAUUCUGACUUGGGGUUUGAGAAACAUGAAAAACUACCAGUUAGCAGCUGUCUCAUCACCAAGUCUCACUGUAGAAUGUGGAGGAGAAAUUGUCUAUUCACAGGUCAUCAAAAAUAUUAAGAAGAAUCCCAACUUUCCUGGAUCUGUUUUGUUCAUGAAAGUGCCUCUCCCAAAAGAGGAAAUUUACACUCCACCCAUAGUAAUAAAAGUGAUUGAUCACCGACCAUUUGGAAGGAAACCAAUUGUGGGGCAGUGCACAAUAGACUCUCUAGAAGAAUUUCGUUGUGAUCCAUACACUACCAAGGCCGAAGUUGCAAUGACUGCAAAAGUUGCCCUGAUGUCUGCCCCCAGAGAUGUUGUCAUUGACAUGGAGGAUAAGAGGCCCUUGCUUGAAGCCCAGAAAGCGGAACUGGAAAGAGAAACAGUUGAUUGGUGGAGCAAAUUUUACUCCUCAAUUGGGGAAAUUGAAAAAUGUGGACAGUACAUACAGAAGGGUUAUGACACACUGAAGGUCUAUGAUGAUGAGCUGGAAGACAUUACAGAAUUCAAGGGGCUAAAUGACUUUUGUGAGACCUUCAAACUCUAUAGAGGUAAAGCUGAUGAAGACGAGGAUGAUCCAUCAGUCGUGGGAGAAUUUAAGGGUUCAUUCAGUAUAUACCCCUUAUCAGAUGACCCUAGUGUUCCAGCACCCCCUCGCCAAUUCAGAGAGUUACCUGAGAGCGGACCGCAGGAAUGUAUUGUCAGGAUCUACAUUGUUCGAGGUGUAGAUCUACAGCCUAAAGACAACAAUGGUCUGUGUGACCCUUACAUCAAAAUAAGUUUGGGUAAGAAGGUGAUAGAAGAUAGAGAUCAUUACAUUCCAAAUACAUUGAAUCCCAUGUUUGGAAGGAUGUAUGAACUUACUUGCUUCAUCCCACAAGAGAAAGACUUAAAGAUUUCAGUUUAUGACUAUGACAUGAUUGGCAAAGAUGAGAAAGUUGGUGACACCGUGAUAGAUUUGGAAAAUCGUCUGCUUUCCCGCUUUGGGUCACACUGUGGCUUGCAGCAAAGUUAUUGCAUCUCUGGAUUGAACCAGUGGAGGGACCAACUCAAACCUUCCCAGAUUUUACAGAAUUAUGCCCGGCUAAAAGGCAACUCUCCUCCAGUUGAAUCUGACAAUGGUAAAAUGUUGUCUUUUGGAGGACGUGACUACACACUGGAGGAGUUUGAAGCCAAUAAAAUUCUCCAUGAACACCUGGGCCCACCAAAUGAGCGUCUUGCCCUCCAUGUCCUGAGAACAAAGCGGCUGGUUACUGAGCAUGUUGAGACCAGGACACUUUAUAGCUCAUUCCAACCUACACUUUCCCAAGGAAAACUACAGAUGUGGGUUGACGUGUUCCCCAAGAGCCUUGGAGUUCCUGGCCCGCCAUUCGAUAUCACUCCACGAAAACCUAAAAAAUAUGUCCUACGUGUUAUUAUUUGGAACACAUCAGAUGUUAUUCUGGAUGAAACCAGCAUUACUGGAGAAAAAAUGAGUGACAUUUAUGUGAAAGGAUGGAUGCCAGGCAUUGAGGAGCAUAAGCAGAAAACUGAUGUUCAUUACCGGUCACUUGAUGGCGAUGGUAAUUUCAACUGGAGAUAUGUUUUCCCCUUCGACUACCUGCCAGCUGAACAGCUAUGUCUCAUUUCUAAAAAAGAACACUUCUGGAGUCUUGACAAGACUGAAUUUAGGAUACCUCCAAAGCUUAUCGUACAAGUCUGGGACAAUGACAAGUUCUCAUUGGAUGAUUACUUAGGGACACUGGAGUUGGACUUACGCCACUUAAUACCUCCUGCCAAAACCUCAGCAACAUGUAAUUUGAAAAUGAUUCCAGAGACCAAAGGCUCUACCCCUUCAAAGCCUUCGCACACAUCAUGUCUGUUUUCACAGAAAACUGUGAGGGGAUGGUGGCCUUGUGUCAGAGAGGACAAUGGCAAACACGUUUUAGCUGGAAAAGUUGAGAUGACCCUGGAAAUCCUCAGAGAGAAAGAGGUUGAAGAAAGGCCAGCUGGGAAAGGGAGAGACGAACCCAACAUGAAUCCAAAGCUGGACCCACCAAAUCGGCCAGACACAUCCUUUUUGUGGUUCACAAAUCCAUGCAAGACAAUGAAAUUCAUUGUGUGGCGUAGAUUCAAGUGGAUCUUCAUUGGCCUUAUUAUUUUGCUCCUAGUAUUGCUCUUCUUAGGAAUAUUAUUGUACUCUCUACCAAACUACAUAUCCAUGAAAAUUGUAAACCCAUUCCCUAAGAGAUAAUGAAGAAAAAAGAAAGACUUGAAAACUGAGAGCCGCCGUGCUGGAGGGGCGACUGACUGUUCCAUUCCUGGUGCCUGUUAUUUUUUUACUUUUAUUUUUUUGGAGUACUUAUCCCUCACAGUAACUGAAUUAACUCAAUUUUUAAAACACUUGUUAUAUCAUUUUUGUAAGUCUAUCGAUUUAUUUUUUUUUUAAUGGGUACUCCACCAGGAGUAUCACCCAGACAGACAGAUUUCUGUUUUCGCGUUCACUUGUUGGUAAGCACUGGUUCUGUUCUGCACUUUAUCACUGUUUUUUUUCUCAUCACAGCCACAUAGCCAUUGUUGAAUAAAUAACGUAACUAUCUGGAAGGGACAGAUUCCACAAAGAGAAAAUACCAAAGAAACUGAUACAGUAUCGUAUGUUGAGAAAUCAGGAAUGCUUCUGCAUAUGACAUUUAUGGUUGAACAAAUACUAUAGGUAGAGUUUCUGUCUGUUUUAUAAAAUUACAUUUCUACAAUAUUUCGACUUCUACAUUGAGGUCAAAUGAUUAAAAAAUGAAAUGUUGACCCUGUGGGUUUCCUUGUGUCUUCAUUUAGCCUUUUGCUUUUAAUAUUUCAGCAAUGGUGACAGGACAAUGUUACUUGGUGUGAUAUGUAAGUGUAAUAUUGUCAGAAUGUAUCUGGACUUCUGUAAACAUCAGAGAAUAUUUUAAAGAAAAUGAAAGGAUGUUUGAAGAACACUCAUGAUAAUUAAUUAGCCUUUUAUGAAUGCUGUAUGUCUUGUUUUGUCAUUAUGUUAAAAUCUGUAACAGUUACAUUGGAAGAUGCACAAUUUAAUAAAUAUGUUAUUGUUA